GUCUGUUUUAGUCGGUUUUACUCAGUUGUUUGUCACUUUUUUGUGGGGGAGGUAAAGAAUGAGAGGGUCUCCAAAAAGAUGCAUGAAAUGAUGAAUGGUUACUUGUAUAUUUCGUUCUUCCAAGGUCAGCUAGAAUCUGUCCUGGAGCAGGUUGUUCAGCUCGCGGUUCAGGAAAUAACAAAGACCGUCGGGACCAGCUUAAACUCUAUGCUGCUGGAAUCGGCCGCCAAGGACCAGGAAAACCAGCGAUUAAGGUUAAAGCUUAACUCGCAGCACUUUGACUGCAAGGACACUGGAAAUUCCUCCGCUCAUAGUGAUAAUGAAGAAAAGCCGACAAGCGAAGAGACGAAGCCUCCGCUCAAAGCUAAGAACUUUGAAAACGCACUGGAUAUGGACGCUUACAGGCUACAGCAGAAAAAGCAAGUUGUUGAUCAGUUAAAGACUGUGAUGGAGCAAGUGCUGAAAUUUGCAGUUUCAGAAUUAACAAAGAUCGUAGAGAACAGCUUUGAUGACCUGGUUCUGGAAUUGUUGAAGAAGGAAAAAGAGAACAAAACCCUUAACGAAUCUCUGGCAAAGGAGGACAAGACUCAUGAACAAUGUGAUAAUAGAAGAGCUAAGUUUCCAGAGAGCCACUCGACAUCACUCAGCUCUGUAAGUCAGAAGAAAGAAGCAUGUCAGGAACCACAGAGCAAUCAAGAAAAUGGAUCUGAAGUGACGCAUGAAGUGACUGGGAAGCACUCUGUUCUCUCUGUGGCUCAAAACUGGGUCCCUAUUCUGGACAAAGUCUUUGACCAAAAAUGGUGCAGUGACCUGUGGCAGAUCAAAGAGACUCCUCCAAAGAUUCCCAACCCAGACUGUUUUGUUCACGAGGACCCGGACUCUCAUUCCAUCAUCGAGCAAGAGACCACAUCAGGUGAGAAGGAUGUGGGUCAGUCACCAUGGCUGCAGUUAGACCAGACAGUAGAGGAAUCUGUGUCAGCCAACUCCCAGGGAACUUUGGUCAUCAGCACCACAGGGAGCUCCACCAUGCCUGUGCACCCAUCUACUGCUACAGAGCAUAGCCACCAUUCCCCUGGUGAUGAUGUCCAGCUCAAAUCCCAAUCCAUGCUCCACAGACUCCUAACACUGCCAUCACAAGGACUCAGUGAACUGCUGUGCUCCAACAGUGACAUUAGCCUUCAAACCUUUCCAACACUGGCAGAUACAUCAGUAACUCAAGAGUUCUUGGGAGAUGGGGAGUUACCUACCAAAAAUCAUUCUUCACCCCUUGGGAAAAAGGAAGAAGGAGUACUUGAGAAUGUGGAGCUCAGAGGGUCUGUGGAGAAGAAGAGCUACUCCUGCAAACACUGUGGGAGAAAAUUCAACCAGCAGCCCAUGAUGAAGGUUCAUCAGCAGACACAUGGAAGUUCGGUAGUGUGUUGCUCACUGUGUGGAAAGCGCUUCUCCCAGCCAGAACGUCUUCAGACACAUCUUCAAGCUCACACAGCUAAGCAAACGUGAAAAUUUGUUGCUGGCAUAUUCACCUCUAUGUCAUAUAUGUACUUUCUUUGCAUCACUCUGGUUAGUUCACUAAAAUGAAGAAUUGUCUUAGUUUGGAGUUUGAAUCACUGGUAACACCUCUCUCACAUGUGCGAGGUACUUAAGUGCAAGUUAAGACGAAGCCUUGGCUACAGGAAGAACAAUGAUUCAGUUACUGAAAUAUAUAAAUUCGCUAAUACAAGACAGCUAAAUAGAGUAAUUUUUUCCAUAUUCCAUUCUGCACACGUACUCAUAUUGAAAAAGUAGUGUAAAUACGAGCAUGAAAAACAUAAAUUGACAAAGCAUAAAGUGAUUUUAAUACUUUGUCAUAAAUUGCUUUCCUCUGUGAACUAAAACAAAUCUUUAAUUUCUUUAUAGCUGAAUAUUGAAUGUCCCAUGUUAUUCACACAAACCCAUUUUAUGCCUAAAAGUGUAACGGGUAACUUAAAAGUAAUUUAGCUUGUUGGUCAGUCAUUUUUCUUUCGCUUGUCUUGGAGAGGGUCAAGGUGUAAAUGAAAGUGUUGAUUUAAUUAAGAUAAAAUUGUCAGUCACUGCUAGAACUUGCAAGAAAAGAUGAUAUAACCAGAUGUCAGUGGCAGCAUGUUUUGUAGUUUGGUGCUCUACCUGUUACCACAGGACAUGGGAGCUGUGAUAAGGAAAUCAAACCUUGACUACUACAAUCUAUAAGACUGUCAGACAUAUUCUGGAAUUAAACAAUUGUAUAUUGAUUAUAACGAAUAUUCAUUCUUUUUUUAACUAUUUUAAUAGAAUUGUGUCUCCUGUGUGCUUCAGAUCUGGAAAAAAAUAUUCUUGAGCAAAAACCAUUCAAAACCUAUUUAUAUCUCAACAGUUAGAAGUGAAAUGGUUAGAGAAACAAUGCUCACAUUUCUUUUGAACAAUUAGGGGCUAUGCCCUCCCCCCCAACACCACACACUGGCUGCAGCCAUUUAUCCCAAGUGGGGUUGCGGCAAGCCGGGGCCGGAGCCUAACCCGGCAACAGAGGGUGCAAGG